AUGGUACGUACAAAGGAGUGUAGUGCCAUAAUUCAAAAGAACCUCCCUGAGAAAUUAAAAGAUCCAGGAAGCUUUGUGAUUCCCUGCACAUUUGGAGAGGUAACUGUUGAAAGAGUUUUGUGUGACCUUGGAGCUAGCAUUAACCUCAUGCCACUAUCCUUAAUGUGCAAGCCACAAAUUGAAGAGAUAAAAUCUACCAAAAUUUUUUUACAACUUGCUGACCGCUCUCUUAAAUUUUCUUUAGGUGUUGAGAAUUUAUUGGUGAAGGUGGGGACGUUCAUAUUCCCUACGGAUUUUGUCAUCUUGGAUAUGGAAGAGGAUGUCAAUGCUUCUAUUAUAUUAGGAAGACCUUUCCUUGCUAUAGGGAAAGCCUUAAUUAAUGUUCAAAAAGGUGAAUUAACAUUGAGGGUGAAUGAUGAACAAAUUAUGCUCAAUGUAUUUAAAGCCCUACAGCAUCCUAAUGAUUAUGCAGAUUGGAUGAAAAUUGAUAUCAUUGAUCCAUUGGUGUAA